CGCUCGAGGUCUGCGCGCUCUGCUGCAGGGUGCAGACCCCCGGCGUCGCAGUGUUUUGGGGCGCAAGAGCAGAGGCGGAGACAGGGAGGAGCCAGAGCGCCUGGAGCACCCACCCGGAGAAGCGAAAGCGAAACAGGGGGCCAGGAGGGAAGGGCGGAGUCAGCCUGAGGCCCCGCCCCCUGCCCUGCGCGGCUGCUGGACCGCCGGGCGCGCCCUGGUAGGGGGACGCUGAUCGCGCAGUGCAGACCCUCUUAGGGACCUGCGCCGCCGCCGCCGCCACCAUGUCUCAGGAAGGUGUGGAGCUGGAAAAAAGCGUCCGACGCCUCCGGGAGAAGUUUCAUGGGAAGGUAUCCUCCAAGAAGGCGGGGACUCUGAUGAGGAAAUUUGGCAGCGACCACACUGGAGUGGGGCGCUCCAUUGUGUACGGGGUAAAACAGAAAGAUGGACAGGAACUGAGUAAUGACCUGGAUGCCCAGGACCCACCAGAGGACAUGAAGCAGGACCGGGAUAUUCAGGCAGUGGCGACCUCCCUCCUACCUCUGACGAAAGCCAACCUGCGCAUGUUUCAACGCGCCCAGGAAGACCUCAUCCCUGCUGUUGACCGGCAGUUUGCCUGCUCUUCCUGUGACCAUGUCUGGUGGCGCCGGGUGCCCCAGCGGAAGGAGGUAUCCCGGUGUAGGAAAUGCCGAAAGCGCUAUGAGCCAGUGCCAUGUGAUAAGAUGUGGGGCCUGGCUGAGUUCCACUGCCCAAAGUGUCGGCACAACUUCCGGGGCUGGGCACAGAUGGGGUCCCCAUCUCCCUGCUACGGGUGCGGCUUCCCUGUGUUUCCGACACGGAUCCUCCCUCCACGCUGGGACCGAGACAUGGAUCGCCGCAGCACCCACACCCACUCCUGCUCAGCUGCUGACUGCUACAACCGGCGAGAGCCCCAUGUGCCUGGGAUCUCCUGUGCGCACCCCAAGAGCCGGAAGCAGAAUCACCUGCCCAAAGUUCUGCACCCCAGCAAUCCCCACAUCAGCAGUGGUUCCACCGUGGCCACCUGCCUGAGCCAGGGAGGCCUCAUGGAUGACCUGGACAACCUUAUCCUGGAAGACCUCAAGGAGGAGGAGGAGGAGGAAGAGGAGGAGGCCGGGCAUGGGGAGUGACCCCUGCUGGGUGCAGAUGCAAACCAGACACGGUCUGUGGAUAUUUUGUGUUGUUAUAAAAUAUGAGCUCAAACUGAGAUCUAAAUGCCCUUGGGGAGACGUCUGGGUCUGAGAUACUGGGGAGUCCUGGGUCCCAUUUUCAGGGCCCUGGGUAGCAGAUCCACAAUGGAAAGGUCAGAGGGACAUAGCCCACAUAGGGCCACAGAGGAGGUAUGGCCAGGAGAA